AUGAAGGUUUUCCAAGUUAUUUUCGCUAUCUUAAGUAUUGUCUUUGCUGCUCAAGCUGCCGACGAUGAAACAAGUGGUACUAUCACCCUCACCGCCGUCGCCACUGUUAUCCAAACCGUUAGCAACGGGGAAACCACACUUCCAGUCACUUCAGCUCCAACAUCUCAUACUACCAUGACUUCUACUAUUUCAUCUGCUGCAAACUCCACCACUCCACACGUUACCACUGUCAAUGGUGGUGCUAAUGGUAUUGCCCCAGCUUUUGGUUUAGUUGCUGUUGGUUUAUUACAAUUGUUAUAA